UCCGCUACUGCUAUAAGGCGUUCUAAACUCCAAGGCACAAGUUCAGUGGAAUAAGGGCGCUAGGAGAGAGAAUUUACCCAUCGUCGAGGUCAUAAUGUUAGCUUGGUCCUUCGUUAUCUUGGCCCUUCUUGGGCUUCUUUCGGUUGUAGUGUUCGGUGGAACUGAUGCAUCAAUCCCAUGUCGCAUUCUGCCGUUGCUCCCAGCAUCCAAUGACACCGCCCUGAAAAACCACGUGAUCGCUAACUUGUCUCUGGAUACCGUGAAAAAUUGCGCCACAAAAUGCUUCCUGAACCCGCGGUGCGCAUCUGUAAACUAUCAGCAUUCAUCUGACGGGGUCACGUGCGAACUGAGCUCAUCAGAUCACCUCCAGCACCCACAGGAUCUUGUCCCCCAGCCAGGAUUCGUGUACCGUGGAACUAAGAACGGCUGCUCGUCGCACCAUUUCCCGGAAAAUGCCACGUGUUUCCCUGGACUCAACCCUGACACGCACACUUGCCCAGAAGGAUAUACGGGAGCCCAGUGUGAAAAUGAUGUAGAUGAAUGUUUAAGCGAUGAUUUCCCUUGUCACCCGAACGCAACCUGCAGUAACACUCACGGUUCUUACGUGUGCGUAUGCACACAGGGAUUCACCGGAGACGGAUUUAUUUGCACAGAUGUCAAUGAAUGCGAAAGGCCGAAUGAUUGCAAUGUGAACGCAACGUGCCAUAAUACCAUUGGUUCGUACAGCUGUAGCUGUCAAUCAUCUUAUCAUGGUGAUGGCUUUUCUUGUCUACCAGAAGAUUGGUCAUGCAAAGAUAUCUUCGAGAAAUCCAGUAUGCGCAUGGACAAGGUGUACACUAUGCUCGUGGGCUCAAAAGUGACUGACGUUUACUGCCAAAUGUCAAGUAUCUGCGGAAGUGGUGGAUGGACGCUGGUCAUGAAAGCAGAUGGCUCAAACGAAACGUUUAAAUAUUACUCACCCCUUUGGUCAAAUAAGCUUGAACACAACCCUGAAGCAGGAUUAACCGGUUUAGACCAACACGAGACCAAGCUAUCCACCUACUGGAAUGUUCCAUUCAAAGACAUCUGCAUCGGGAUGAAGGUCAGGGAUGACCUGAGAUGGCUUAACUUACACUAUCCCUCUGAGUCCCUGUAUGACGUCAUUGCUGAUGGGGAAUUCAAGGAGUUGUCAAUGGCGAGAAAUGAUUGGCUGGGCUUGCUCGCAGGCUCAAAACUACAGGAGAAUUGUGGCAGAAAUGGCUUUAAUAAUGGCCUUAAGGUUCGCAUCGGAAUUGUGGGGAAUAAUGAAGACCAUUGUGGUUCGCCUGAUAGUGCACUAGGAUUUGGGACUAUUGUAAGUGGUUACCGGGUAGGGAACUAUGAAGAAGGAAGACACAUUUCAGCUUUUGGGUAUAUUUUUGUAAAAUAGCUCUUAAAGAAAAAGCCGGUAACCGGGUAAUAUUUUGGGUUAGUUAUAGACAGUAUUACCCCGAUAGUCCCAUUUCACCCAGGGGCUGAAACAUGAGCUUGACCUCCCUCACUCCCAUUUGUCUACAUUCAGAAUGUCUCCACCUCUUUAAUAGUAUAACAAUGAAGGAACAAAUAAUUUAAAUAUUUUAUAUAUUUUUUGUCAAGCUUUUGUACUCUGCUAUGUUGAUCUUGGGCCCACAUUUUGAGUUGAGUUUAGUCCCGCCCCCACUUUUGGGGUGCACCAAAACCUUAAUAAGAAUUUGCUUGAUAGAGGAACAUUAUAUGACAGCUCAAAAAUAGAGAGUAUGAGCUAUACUAGAGAUUGAUUAUACGUGAUUAUACGACGUCACUAGAGAAGCCAAUUCAUUUGGACCAAUCAAUUAUCUCGAUUGUCUUUUAGACUGCCCUUGUUUUAUACACCUAUUUCAAAUAAGGUUUCACUCGGAGGAUCUAUGCGUCGUAGCCCGUGGUUCAUGGGAAUCAAAUAAACAAGCGUAAACAAAAACAAAUCCAGGUUUUGAAAGAUGAAGUAUUCUUUUUUAUGUACCUCGGAAACAUUUACAUGGCUUUUAGAGACCAGUAGGCGCUACGACAAAUGGAUUCUCGAGUGCAACCUUAUUAAUUGGUGUAUAAUAUAGUUAUUACAUGUUAGUUUCGUGCACAUUAUUUUCGUGAAUUUCAAAAUUCACAAGUCACAAGGUGACGCGAAUAUUGGGAUGCGCGAAAGAGCAAUAGCGGAUCUAGUGGGAGUGUUUAGGGGGUGCUAGAAGGCCAUAUGUAAAAAAAAACCUCCUCCCUUUGUCACUGAGCCAAACUCCCCCGAAAAGCUAAGAUCCGCUCCUGACGAGUAAACACAAAGACUUGUGUCCGUGUACCGCUAAACGAAAUUAAGUUCCGAACUACGUCAUUGGUCAAACAAUUGCAUUACUUACAUGAAUCGGUACACGACGACACAGCCAAGACAUUGGAUGAAAUAUUUAUCUAACAAAACUUUAUGGAUACACCCUUUUCUAUUCUGUAUUGAUUGAUAUUAUAAUUGUUGAAUUAUAUUUUAUUACUUUAUUGAUUGGUAUUCAAUAACUAGAGCGUUAUUCUUUGCUUUGAUUAUAAAUUGUUUGCUUGAUUUAUUAUUGUAACAAAAUCUCGAUGAUAAAGUGGCCUGCAUUUUACGUAAUGGGUGAAUUCGCGGAAAUAAGGUAUCGCGAAAUAUCGGUAUUUUAAUAACGCGAUUUCUUGACUUCGCGCAAAAUAAGUGUAAUACGGUUUUACUGGUGUUGUAUUGUUUGCCACAAAGCAUGGAUUUGUGCUAUAGAUAUUGUACAUAUAAGUGUUCUACAGUGUAAUAAUAAAAUCACGGACAACAAAA